CUCUGGGCUCUCCUGGAGCAGCGCGCGGGCCCCGCCGGGCCAGGACGGACAUGAGCGCCAAGCAGAGCGGCCGGCCAGUAGCCAACGGUCGCACGCGCGGGUACUCGGGCUCGGAUCUACCUUCCAGUAGCAGCGGAGGGGCCAAUGGGACCGCGGGCGGCGGGGGCGCUCUGACCGCCGCCGCGCGGAGGUUCCCGGCUCAGGUGCCCAAUGCGCACCAGCCCAGCGCUGCGGACGGCGCCAGGGCGGCCCCGGGAGCCCCGCGCAGCCGCUGCCCCGGCGGGGCGGUGGAGAGCGUGGUGUCGGGGGCCUGUGCGGCGCAGUCCUCCUUAAGCAUCCCGAACAGCAGCAGCGGCCCCUACGGCUGGCAGGACUCGGUGCACAGCAGCCUAGAAGACGGCGGCGGCGGCGGCCGCCGCCGGGAGCCCCGGGGGACCGCGCCCGGUGAUUGGCGCCUCACCAGCUCACCUCUCGCCACACGUGUUUGGAGCGACAAGAUCUUUGGCCAACUCCUUUCUACUCGGACCCUGCUAUUAUUUACUACUAGGCACCCACAAACCCUUGCUUGUUAAACUGCUCUCCUUCAAGACUCAAGAAAAGCUCCAUGCGGCUCCCUCUAGGGCUCUCCUGCCUUCUCCUCACCGAUGCUGAGACUGCUCCUGGUGGAGAACCGUGGCGCCUGCAGUUUGUGCACCUUUUCCCGGAGCUGUGCCAGGAAAUUAUGGACGAACUG